CGACACCGCCCCCUACCGGCGCGUCCACGAGUGCCCCCAGAAAAGAAGCCCGAUGGGGGCGUGGGGCUACACAUGAAAGGUUCCGUAGCUGGUUCCCUUUGCCGCACGCAGCGGGGAGGCGGGAGCGACAGGGAAGGUUCUGAGCGGCGCACUCGGGUGUUCUCCUCGCCGCUUCCGGGCCGGAGCCAGAAGCAAGAGCUUGAGCUCCCAUCUCUGAGCUGUAGACAUCCUGAUUUGGCGUCCUUUGGGAGGAUGAAUCAGGACAGUGACUCAAGUGAUGAGACCACUGGCCGGGACCCACUGCUAUUGCUGAAAGCCCUUCAACUCCUCUGGACAAAGAAAGAGAUGGAGAAGCAGCUCAAGGAAGAAGCCAGGCGGGGCUUCGCAGGACUGCAGGACCCAUUGGCAGGACUCCUGGACAUGCUGGAGGGCAGCCGUGAUUGGAAGGGGAAGGGGCAUUCCCUCGGGUAUUGCAUCACCACGGAGCUGCAACUUUGGAUAAAAGAGCAUCCUGCUGCUCAACAGUCUGGCAUCGAGCUGAAGAAGCUGCAGGCCCGUGUGCUGGGAAUACUAGCCCAGUGCCCAGCUAAUCUUCUUGACCCUUUGAUUAGCAUUUACCAGCUCCAUACAGCAGACCGGAACUGUUUGCUUGGACAUGUCAGUCAUCUUUAUCACAAGGGCGAUUACAAAGAGGCAGCCAUACUGAGUAUUAAGCUAAAAUUGCAGCCAGAUCAAGAUGUGGAGAAGAUGUGCACGCCGCUACUGCUCCAAGAUAAAGCUAACUUGGUGGAAGAUUAUGUGGAAGAAUAUCCUGAGCUCCAGAGCAAGCUCUUGCACAUCCUGGACACGUGGUGUGAACCCCAUUUUAACAUCAAAGACAUCACAAGACAGUACCAAGGCCUGUGCAGGUACAAGCCGGAGAAAUUUAACCGCAAAGUGCUAAGCAAGCUGGUCUUCAGGCUCCUAGAGCGGUUUAACGUUGAUCCAGCUCUCUGCCCUAAUGUCGUAAAUCAGCGGCACUUGAGAACUCUGAAAUACCUCUUUUACAAGAGAUUCGUUGAGAAAACCAUGACUCAGGAGAACUGGACAGACCACGUCCAGAGCACAGUUGGAGAGAAUCGAUGGCUUCAAGGACACCUGAUACAGCUGCUCACCAGUUACUGUGAUCUGAGCACAGCAGCAAGAUGUGCCCAACGCUGCAAUUUGCCCAGGGAGAUGCUGCCUUGCAGAGUGGCUGAUGAGCUUCAAAAGCUUCAGAUCCAAGAGAGAGUUGAAGAAGCCACAAAAGCAGAUAAUUAUGAAGAGAGUAAGAAGAAGGAUUAUUACCAACUUCCUAUUCCACGGGCAAAUAUUCACUUCCUGCAGACAUGGGAAGAGAUGCUGCAGUGCUGGGAAAAGGUGCUGCAGCCCGCCCAGGUUGUUGGCAUUGACAUGGAGUGCAGGCCUACUUUCGGCAUGGUUGGGAAGCCCCGUGUCUCCCUCCUUCAGAUCGCUCUGAAGGAUGAGGUGUUCCUGCUUGACCUGCCCCGGCUCUUCCAGCAAGCUGAGGUGGAUGGUGAGACGGAGAAGCUUCCCCAUUUCAUCCAAAAGCUCUUUUCAGAUGCAUCCAUCACUAAACUAGGUUAUGGGAUGUCUGGAGACCUUAGCAACCUUGCAGCCACGUGGUCUGCUUUGAAAGACACAGAUAAGAAAGCCCAGGGAGUGGUGGACCUACUCACAGUGGACAAACGACUGCAGAAGCGCUCCAUUGACUGGAAGAAGGGUGGCCAGGAGGUCGAUGUCCUGUCCCUGGGGCAGAGCAAUGAGGGGAGAGGAGUCAAGCAGCCAGAGAAAGGACUCAGCCUCUUGGUGCAAUAUGUGCUGGGGAAACCGCUAGAUAAAACAGAGCAACUUUCUAACUGGGAGAAACGGCCUCUCCGGGAGGAGCAGAUCCUCUAUGCAGCUUCAGAUGCCUACUGUUUGCUGGAGAUCUAUGAGAAACUCUGUAAGGAUCCAGAGAGCUUUGGGCUGAGCUCAGACCUGACAGAGAGUCUGGUGGGAAAGGAGAUCAUAAAACCCAAGGCAAAGAAGCAGCUGAAUAAACAAGAGGCACUGUCACCUUCUGGACAGCAAUGCCGAGGAUCCAGAACGGAGACCCUGCAUCGCCCUGCUCCCAUCUCUCCAAAGGAGUUCAGUGUGGUCUGUGAUAACAUGCUGCAAGGCCUCGGGCGCUAUCUUCGCUGCCUUGGUGUGGACGUCCGGAUGCUGGAGAAUGGCGAUGACCAUAGGAAGGCUGCUGAGAUUGCCCGACAGGAAGGAAGAGUCAUUUUAACCUCUGGACUCCCAUAUCAGACUCUGCAGUCCCAGGUAGCAGAAGGAAGGUGUUUCUCAGUGAACAGCUCAGAAAAGGCAAAAGAACAGGCCCUGCGGGUUCUGAAGCACUUCAAUGUUCAAGUAUCCCUCUCGGAUAUCUUCAGCCGCUGCCAGGUGUGCAACUGCGACAAGUACCUGAAGGUCUCAAGGGAGAAGAUGAGGCAGCUGGUGGAGGACAGCAGGCAGGCACCGGGGGCUGGCAGCACAGGCUGCCUGGUGAGCUGUGAGGAGAAGCCCCAUCGGGGCUGCGGUGCUGCUGUGUCCUCCCAUGGCACAGCCCAGCCCUGCUGCUCCACACACCCCGAGCGGCCGGAGGGCCCAGUGCUGGCAGGGGGCACGGUGCUGCAGGUCGCUGCCAUCCCCCCGGGGGUGCUGGACAACGCCAAGCUCACUCACUUCUAUUGCUGCACCGGCUGCGGGAAGGUGUUCUGGGAAGGCUCCCAUUUUGGACGCGUUGUCUCCCAGUUUCGGGAUGUUCUUGUCACCAGCAGGGACAAGCAGACCAUCUAUGAGCUGAGUUGAGGGAGGACACAGGGGCUCCACAGGGCGAUGGACACAGAUUUGGGGCCCUGGGUUUGGGGUGCGGGGCUGGAAGGGAAGGGCUCUUGUUUCAGGGUCUGCAGUGGAGGGGACUGUCCCACUUGCACUGAUGGUUUGGGACAGCCGAAAGUAAGUGACCUCCAUGAGAUCAAACCAGAAUUGGCUGGAGGACGGAGCCUUUGCUUUAGCUCUGCCUCCUUCCAGGCUGGACAUGGCAAGAGGGUGGCAGAGCUCUCCCAAACACCACCCAGGCAGUGCCAACCGCAUGGCACCCAUCAAGCCCCAGCAUCCUUGCCCAGGGGCUCAUGCUGGGGUGCUGGGAGCUGUGUUCCUAACAGCAGCAAAGGGCAGAGAGCACCUCCAGUGCCAGCUCACUCCCCGGCCUGUGGGACUUGUCUUAUACCACAACUCAUCCCCAGCAUCCACAGUGACCCUGGUCCAGCUCUCCUGGAAGCUCUCCUGGCAUUCACAGCAUCACAGAAUCAACCAGGUUGGAAAAGCCCUUUAAGCUCACCCAGUCCAACCCUUACCCCAGCACUGCCAAGGCCACCACUGCCCCAUGGCACUGAGGCCUCGUCUCCACGGGGUGUGAACACUUGCAGGGAUGGUGACUGCAGCCCUGCCCUGGGCAGCCUGUUCCAAUGCCUGAGCACCCUCUGGGGCAGGAAUUGUUCCUCAGCUCCAUCUAAACCUGCCCUGGUGCAGCUUGAGGCCGUUUCCUCUUGUCCCAUCCCUUGUUCCUUGGGAGCAGAGCCCAGCCCCUCCUGGCUCCAUCCUCCUGUCAGGCAGUUGUAAGCAGUGAUCAGGUCCCCCCUGAGCCUUCUCCAUCCUCGGAGGCAAUGGGUGGGCACAGGGGUUGAUGUCCCGAGGGGCUGAGCACUGCUGGGACAUUUACCCAUAGGCAGCCCGAGGCUCGCG